GUUUGACAUGACAUCAGUCUGCCACAAGUCGUCUUUGUUUAUAAGAGACACGACGGGCAGAAAAGCGAUAAGAUGUCGGAGAACACACAAAGGCCCGUUGUGGAUGGUCUUCCCAAACAAUUCGUGUCUUCUCUUAAAGUUCUUUUCGACAUUUUGGACGAGGAUAGGAGCGGUUACAUUCGCUUGGUUGACGUCGAGAGCCGCUGGAAUGGUGAAGGGGUCCGCGGUUUGCCGGUAGGAGUCAUCGAGGCACUCCGCAAAGUGACGCCACACUCCGGCUACUUGUCAUUCGACAGGUUUGUUAUGGGACUGAAGCUAGCCAUGUUUAAAAGUAAACACAACUAUCUAGAUUACGCUGAUGACAACAGGAGAACUCCUACAAACGAGUUUCCGAGUACCGACCCACAACAACAACAACAGCGCGGUGGUGAGACAAGUGACAGAAAGAUGGGCGGAGGGGGAGGAAACGUGGGUGUGAUACAGCUACAUCACCUCCACACCACGGGCCACGGCCUUAGCCAGCCAGGACAUUCAGGUGUACCGGUUACACAGCGAACAUACGGCACUGCCAUCACUGCAACCGUCCGACCAAACAAUGCAAUCAAUAUUGUGAGCCCAGUGCCUCCGUCCAGUGUAGAAGAGAGACAACAUCGUGUGCCACUCUCUAAGUCCAGUGGGAAUACCAAUGCAAACAUAUACAGCAGCUCUGCAACAAACAGUCACAUAGGAGAGCGGGACAAGUAUAUAAGCCCCCCACCCCCAAGGCCUAAGAGAUACCCUGUGAAUACGGAACGUCCCUUGCCCAGCCACCCAGUAGAGAGAGCACGAUCACCCCAAGAUAACCUUUCAAAAGGUCCUCCACAAGUGCCUCCCAGAGAUUACAGGAAAAGUGCUAAAAGUGUCAUUAUCAAUGAGUUAAAACAGUGGCAGAAAACCCGCAUUCAUAAUAAUGAGGAUGUGAACAAACAUCCACGUAUAACCAGUGUCAGCAGUGAUUCCAGACUGGUGGAUAAGAAAUCCAACCCUAAUUAUGAUAUAUAUGUGAAUGUAGAGGAGCUGCCUACAGCCAAGUCAGAGGAGCAGUUACGUGAUGUCCGUCCCACAAGCAAAGUGCAAGCCCGGCGCAGGGAACCUCGGAGGCACACAGUCGCUAAUGGAGUGGACUAUAACAUGGUGAAGUGGAUGAAGCAGCUGGAAGAGGAGAGAGACAUGUUACGUCAGGGGCUGGAGAUGCUGGACACUGCCAGGGACUGGUACCACAAACAAAUCACCACCAUAGAAGUCAAACAGAGAAACUUCAGUUCGCCCUCCAGCAAUGAGACAUCAUUAGAGGAUUACCAGAUUAAGCUGAACCAGCAGAGAGCCUGUAUUAAUGAGCUAAACCAGCGGAUCAAGACACUUGUUAGCAGCUCAGAACGGGGUGUUCCAGUGCACAUGAACUUAGCUGUGAAGCCUGUGUCUUACUCUGAGGAUACAAUCACCAUCAACAUGCUGAAGGAGCAGAACAGGCAGCUGACCAAGGAAGUUGGUCAGAAAGGUGAACGUAUCACAAAACUGGAAAGGGAGAAAGCCAGUCUUAUACGAGAAAUGUUUGAAGUGCGGGCUCAUGCAAAAAACAAGUCAAACUAUGAUGAUACAACCUUCAUGUGAUGUUUUGUUUUGUUAGAGAAUGUAUAUGGUGCUGUUGAAUAGACUGGUAAAUAUUUACAGAGUUGUGUGUGAACUUCUUGUUUUUUGGGUAGUCAUUAGUGUGGGUAUAACAGUUAUAAAGGGGAAUAACUCUUUAAGUAUAGCAGAGAUUACACUAGAUUUCUUUCAGACGAUGUGAACUGAGUGGAGAUUGGCAUCAUUCUAU